CUUUUCAUUUUUGCCAAACUAUUUAAUUUUAGACUUAGUGGAAGACGUGGGUUUUCGUAUCCACAUCAGUUUGUAGGGAUUUGGCGUUCUGGCUGAAGUAGUGAAGAACAUCCAGCCUUCCGCAGAUGCGGGGAGCGUGGGGGACACCUCCAGGAGCCUGGGCACGGUCCCAGGAGGGGCCAGGAGCUCCCGAGAGGGUUUGGAAGCCCGGCUGAGGACUGAGGUGUUUGGGCUUCGGGGAUGCUCCGAGCACCCGCCGGCCCCACCCCGCCCCACGGGGGCCCCUGCGCCUGCUGGGGGACGGAGACUCUUUCCACCCUUUUUAUGGGCCCGUAAAGCCCAAGGCAAGGGGGAUAUAAGGCCGGCCGAGCAGGAGCAGGGCCGGAGGGGUGGGCGGCAGGGCGAGGCUCGGUUGACCCAGGCGGACGGGAUGAAGCCCCGAGGUGGAUGUGUCGGGAUCCUGCUCUGCACCCUGCUGGGCGCUGCCUUGGGGUCCCGCGCGCGGUGCUUCGACUGCGGGGCCGGCCCGGGCGGCGGCUGCGCGCACAGCGUGACCACCUGCGGCGAGGGCGAGCGCUGCGGCUUCCUGGAGCGCACCCCGCAGGCCAGCGUGGGGCAGCUCAAGCUGAACCUGACCUUGAGACAGCACCAGCCAGCCUGCGUGGCCAUCCAUCGCUGCAACCAAGUGGAAACAGAGUCGGUGGGAGACCUGACGUACACCACCCUCAGGGACUGCUGCGUGGGGGACCUGUGCAACGGCGCCGUGCCCAGCAGCCCGGCCCCCGCGUGCGUCCUGGCUGCCGCGGUCACCACCCUGACCUGGCUUUUGGCAGGACUGUGGAUCGGGUAGCGGGCUCAGGGGCGGGGAAGGGAGCACGGGGGCUCUGAGCAUCUGAGAAGACAAGCAUUCCUCGGUGAGCCAUUAAAAUCUGUCGGCUCUUCUGCAGCUGACUGGAAAAAUC